AUGGAGCAACUUCAAGAGAACCAAGAUGUCCUUCAAGAAGAAGUAUCCCAGGUGCGGUCCCAAAUGUGGCAGUUGAUGGAGACUGUUCAAGCAUUCGCAAGUGGCCAAGAGGUUAGGGAAAAGAUGCAAGAAGAAAUGAAUCAACGUGCCAGUACUACCAAUCCUCCUACCCCUCCAGCGGUCGAGACUCCGAAUCCAGUUCCUCAAGUUGACCCUCUAAUCAACAUUAACACACCCAGUGGUGUUCCAAACGGCAAUCCUCGUCCGCAUGUUUUUGAGAUAGACGACCAAUACGAUGCAUUCUUCAGCCCAAGGGCUGCUUCUCAAGAUGGCGCCUUCGGUUCAGCAACCAACGAGGUGGAGAGGAAGGUGAAGGCUAUCGAGGAAAAGCUCAAGGCAAUGGGGAACACUGAUGUUUUGGGCCUUGAUGCGGAAGAAAUGUGUCGGGUACAUGGGGUCAUCAUUCUGGCCAAGUUCAAAGUUCCGGACUUUGAAAAAUAUAAGGGAAAUAGCGACCCUAUGACGCACAUCAGGACAUACUGCCGAAAGAUGGCUGCCUAUUCCAGCGAUGAUCAAUUUUUAAUGCAAUUUUUCCAAGAUUCCCUCAGUGGGGCAUCUUUGGAUUGA